AUGAUCAUUAAACAGGUAUAUGCUUUACAGUUUAAUUUGACCAUGCUUGGGCCCAAGACUGACUUAUUAUUAGGUCAAAGUGUGAACAGUAGCUUUCUGAGGCCAUACCCGGAACCAUUGGGGUCCACAUUUUCAAAUGGAGCAAAUUUUGCUGUGGUGGGUUCCUCUACUCUCCCCAGAAACAUACUCUUUGCAUUGAAUGUUCAGGUGUUGCAGUUCCUCCAUUUCAAGGCCAGGUCCCUUGAACUUGUCGCUGCAGGUUCUGGACAUUUGCUUGAUGAUCAAGCGUUCCGCAAUGCACUUUAUGUGAUCGAUAUCGGACAAACUGAUGUCUCUGAUUCAUUCGCUAAGAACAUGCCUUAUGAGCAAGUUGUUCUAAAGAUCCCGUCCGUGGUAUCACAAAUCAAGAAUGCCAUUCAGGUUAUAUAUAAUGGAGGUGGCAGGAGAUUUUGGGUCCACAACACUGGACCGUUUGGUUGUCUCCCACAAAGACUUACAAUGGUUGAGAAAACUUCUGAAAAUCUCGAUCGUUAUGGUUGUAUAUCGAGUUACAAUGCUGCUGCAAGAGUGUUCAAUGAAAUUUUGCGCUAA